AUGGCUACCACGACCAUUGCCGCCAAGGAGGGCCAAGAUGCAGCGCAGCCUGCUCCUUACUACACGGUAGUUCGCAAGACAACUCAGGUUGAUCGCAUGUUUUACAUCUACCACCGUCUUGGAAUCCAGGCAAAUGUCCUUGUCGCAGCUCGUUAUGGCUCAGCACAAUCAGGCGACCUCGAUCUCUCGGAUGAGACGGUAUAUGCUGCGCUUCAUGCCGUCGUCACCAAGUGCCCGGAACUCGGUCUCGUCGGUGUCACGGAACCCACCGAGGAGGGCAAGCAUUUCCUGACCCUUGCGGCGCUGAACUCCAUCAAUCUGGAGUCCUGCGUGGAGUUCGUCGACGAGAACGUGCCGAGUAUGGGCGCAGAGUACUUCGAACAGCUCCAUAGCCAGUGGCUCUGGGCCGACGGAGAAGUGAGGCCUGGUCAGCCGUGGUGGAAGGUCAUCAUUCUCGGGCGCAAACAUGUUGUCUUCUUGUUCCAUCAUCUCGUCUGCGACGGCUCAUUCGGAAUGACAUUCCAUCGCGAGUUUCUCGCUUCUCUCAACGCCGCGGCCGCUUCGAGCAUGAGACAGCGGGCUCCUCGGGAAGUCCACGUGAACCCCGAGCGAGUGCGCCUGAAUGAGAGAAUCAAGAUCGCAGUGCGCAGGAAGCCACCCGUGUUCGGCAUCAUCUACAACUUCCUCAUGUUCGUCUUCUUCCGGUACUUCUACUCCAAGCGUCUCUUCUUCACCGAUUUCGCAAAACCCCGACCUUACCUCAACGACGCAAUGGGCUCAGCUCUGCCCCAGGAGCGUACCGUCACCAAGGUGUACAACUAUCGCAUCCCCGCUCAGAAGAUGGACGCCAUUCUGGCCGCCUGCCGCUCCAACGGGACAACUUUCACCCCGCUGCUCACGGUCUUGAUCACCGCCACCCUGGCAGCGGACCAAUACCCCAAGGCGAAGGUCGGCUUCACUCGCUACGCGGUAGACAUGAGACCCGUUGGUAAUUUCGAAGACUUGGCGGCGGGUCAAGGGAAGAUGCUGAGCUUGGCGGCAAGCGUCCCGGAACCGCAAAAGCUGAAGAAGUACCGCAAGGCGAUGCCAACAAUGCUUUCCCGUGAUGGUAUUCAGCAAGCAAGAGCUUACCUCAACCCAAAGCUUACAUGGGGUCUUGUCCGGGAUUACGGCAGGCGCAUGCAAAAGCUUCGCAAGGGAGGUGAGAAGUCGCCCGUGUACAAGUCUUGGCUCAGCGGCAACUCGAUGGGACCAACACUUGAGGAGUUCACGGAGAAGUCUCUUCCCUCGCUCGGCACCAUCAUGCAAAACAGCUUUUCUAUCUCGAACCUCGGAGCGUUGAAGACGACAUCUGUUGCCUCUGGUGGAACGGAGCCGGCUGUGAGGAUUGAGGACGUGCAGUUUUCUACUGCUUCUCCUCACGGCGGAGUUGGAUAUCAUGGAAUUGUGUUCAAUGUCGCGGGUAUGGCUGGAGGCGACACGGUGAUCAACGCGUGCACCGAAGAGGCUAUGGCUCCGGCUGGUUUGGCUCGUUCUGUUCUGGAAGGUGUCAUGGCCAGAAUCGAUGCGCUUUUGUUGGUGCAGAGCACAGCAUCUGAAAAGGAGAGGCGGGCUAGGAGUAAUGUUUAG